AUGUUCCAUAGUAGCAUAUCCACAUAUUUCAAUGUUUCAAUUCGCGUAAAGAGGAGACUACCUGUUCACUUCACAACAGCGGAACCGGUUAUGGAGUACACGAAAUUGAACCCACGCGAACUGCUGGUCGAAUGGCAGUACAGCCGCCAUAGGGACAGAAUCAGCACGCUGAUUGAUGGAACGAUAAGCUGGACAGCGCUCCGACAGCUCCUUCCGGAGUACGAUAGAGCUUCCGGCCAGGAGGAGUACUUUCCCAACGAAGCACUCAGAGUGACCACAUCCGCAGCAUCAGUAACAGAAUCAGCGCCUUCCCAUGAUCUGGCCACCGCAGCACCCAUUCGACUAGAUCUCGGCGAAACCGCAACAUACCUUGAAGCCGCCUCCCGCCAACUCUUUGACUUCUUCAACACCCGCACCCUCACCACCUCCCCGGUAGCCCUGAACCUCAUCGACCCAACCGUCCACGGCGACUUCGACGACUACCCCGAAACGCACACCUCGGCCGAACUUGUGAACAUGCUGCACUCGAUGGCGACAUCGCACCCCAGCUGGCGCAUCGAAGUCGUCAAUACGACGGCGCAUGUAUCGGAAGAUGCGACGAGCGGGGCCGCGUGGAUGACGUUGAGGGUGAGUGGGCUGCCGUAUGAUGGAUUUGAGGGCUUGGCGAGGGAGAGUAUAUGUUUGAUGGACUGGAGGAGGAGGGACUUAGGGGAUGGGAGAGGUGCGGUUUGGUUGCUUGUUGGGCAGACGGUGAGGAGGGGGCUGGGAUGUUUUUCUAAAUAUGGGGAUCCUUGA